AUUCAGAAGAAAUCAAUCAAAAAAUGCAACAAGUAAAGUCAUACAAUGCACAAGGCCUAUUGUUGCUAAUGUUGAAAGACAAAACAAUAAAAUAUUUCCAUAGGAAGUUGUCUAAUGGCUGUCUGUCUAUAGAUUGCUGUUGACUUUCGAUGCUCGUCUUUAUUACUGGUGCCAACGACAAUAAAUUAGCUAAUAUUUUUUUUCGUACGGAGUUCAACAAGCGCUAUAUUGUCUUUGACACGAAACGUCGUUUCUGUCAUUAGGCGUACAGAUCACCUGACCCGUAAGGGGGUAAAGGGGGAGGGAAUAGUGCUGACUGGAACGACACCUAGCGCGCUAGCUGCAAAACAUGCAGUAUGAACGGAGGUGGUUGGGCGGGAUGAAGUCCGCCCUCCUCGUCUUCGAUUAUCAAACUUUCUUUGUUUUUAUUUUAUUAUUAAUGAUUUUGGCUGCCGCCAAGGCUAAUGAAGACCGUCCAGCUGAUGAUCAGGAAACAGGCAGCAGUGGAGAUAUUGGUGAUGAGCCAACUCAAGGUAACGCCACGUUGUUGGAUAGGGUCGACAAGUUUCUUCGCAUAGUCGAGCAAUACGAAAGAAACAGGGGUAAUUGUACUGCCGGGGUGGGAACAAUUCUUGGAAAAGGAGUCGUCGUCCAGUAUGGAAGAAGAAGAUUUCGCAAGCAGGCAGAAGUAGCCGUUCACAGAGCUAAUCUUUUAACAAGACUGUGGCGUUUUAUGAAACAGGAAGAAAUCCAAUCAGAAGUUUUACUGUACACUUUAGUACAUUCAAUGGUUGCUAGCGACAAAGAUAUUUUUGCAGCCGGAAACUGUUAUGAUAAGGAUCAAUUCAAAAACUAUACCUUAUUCUGCCCCUAUGCUCAUAGACUUCGUAACUCUUCAACAGAGAUAACGGUCAAGGAUCUCAGUGUCGCUUACAAAUAUUUGAAUAAUGGAUCCGAAUUUUUCAGAGAGCCUAAGACGAAAGCCCAGAGAAAGCUGAAUAGUUCGUACGCCUUAAGCGUCGGACUGUUCCAGUAUCGCUAUAAUGAAUCAGAGCAUAAGCCUACGGUAGAUUUAGAGAGUAUUCAAAUCGAUUAUGAUGAUGGGCAUUGGGGUCUACCUUAUUUUGAUUGUGGAGGUGGUGACAUAUGGAUGAUGACUUACACUGUACCAUUCUUUGGUUACGACCAAGAAAACCGUCGCUAUUAUUUCAAAGGAACGAGCGGUAUCGACAUAGAUCUGCAAAAAGUCGACAUUGACCAGUGUCCGCAAAAGGAAGGGAAGGAGUAUAAUCAUUUCGCUGGAACACACAAGUGCAAGCUGGAAACAACUAAGUGUGUUCCAGUUCCUGGCCUUGGCUUUUCCAGAGGGUCUUAUCAUUGCGUAUGCAAGGAAGGUUACUACUUCCCUAAUACGGACAUUCCGGUCGAGAAGCGCUAUUACGAUGGUUCUGAUGUCGAAAGAGCAUUUGAAUUAGAAACGAGAGGAUCGGCUAGUGACUACCAAACAAAUUUUACUUGCUUGCCAUGCGCUAAAGGCUGUAAAACGUGUCUGGAUAAAACUCCGUGCCUAUUGCAGUUAAACUGGGUACAUCGGUCAGUGUUGCUUGGUAUCAGCUGCGUCCUAAUGGCAGCUAUUCCACUCCUCGUCGUUUUUACAUACAAGUAUAGCGACGUAAAAGUGCUGAAAGCUGCCAGUCCAGUUCUUUUAAGAAUUAUUCUCCUUGGUGCCUUUCUCCUAUAUUGCCCGAUGAUAGUGCAAUACUUUGAACCUACCCAAGUGUCCUGCUGCCUGCGCGUUUGGAUGAGAGAAAUAGGUUUCUCAAUAUCCUACGGAGCACUUCUGCUAAAAACCUGGAGGAUUUCAGUCGUCUUUCGCGUUCGUUCCGCUCAACGGGUGAAGAUUAGCGAUACGGAUUUAAUCAAACGCCUAUUAUUUAUAGUCCUACUCUUUUCGGUUUAUCUAACCGUACGAAUGGUAAUUGGCCGGCCCAAGGUUAUGAAAGCUACUCAUUCCAGUAAGAAACACGCUUACCAAUGCUCUUGGGAUACUUGGGAUUAUUGCGCGGCAGUAGCCGAAUUGUGCUUAUUGUUGUGGGGAAUAAGAUUGUGUAUAGUUGUAAGGAAAGCUCCAUCGGAAUUUAACGAAAGUCGCUUUAUCAGUUGGGCGAUCUAUAAUGAAACCUUACUGUCUCUCUUCCUCAAUAUUACCAUGUUCUUCCUGCAAAGUAUAGCUAAUCCGGACUUAUUGUACUUAGUCUUAUUUAUACAUACGCAAUUGACAACUACAGUCUUACUUGGUUUCCUUUUUGGAAGUAAAGCUUAUCUUGUUUAUAAAUAUCGAGGCAAAUCAGAACAAGCUGCUACAACCAUUAAUCGAGGAUCAAAGUAUGUCGCCGCACCAAAAUCAAACUAUAGCGUUCAAAUGACGUCAGUUGCAACUUCGGGUAACGUGUCAAAUAUGACGGGAACGGCCGAAGGGGAAAUGCAGGAAGAGGAUAUACAAUGCACACCUAGGUCACCUGAGAGCGUUUUACAAACUUCAAUGAGUGGCGGAGGUGGAAACGGGGGGACGUUGGCGAAAGACAUAGAAGAAGAGUUCAAGAGACUCUACACUCAAUUAGAGACACUAAAGCAAAAGAAUAUGAAGUUGGGAAAUCCACACUUGUCUGUUAAAUUGUCUGCAAUGACGGAAGCAGCCUGCAGUUGUCCUCCCAGUCCAUCGGAAAAUGGGAGGAAAGUUAUAAUCAGCUUAGAUAAAAUUGAAGAAAGCACUCAUUUGUGAUUUUCUUUACAGAUAUAUAUAUAUAUCUAGUAGUAUCAUAACUUCAAAUAUAAAAACAAUGCGUAUGCAGUGAGUAUAUAUUUUAUUUUAUGUACAAAACUUUGUAUGUUAUUGUCGAAUUACAAUUAUUGUUAUUAUUAUUAUUAUUAUUAUGGUUAUUAUUAUUACUUAAAAGUAUUGUUUUAUAAUGCCAAAUAACGUUUAAUAUUGCCUAAUAUAAUUUUCAUGAGCAGAUCGUACAUGCUGAAAAAAAAGGAAAAGUUGCGUAAUUUAUGCGUGUCGAAAGUGUUAAAGUUGUUUUAAAACGAAAAGAAAAUAAUAAAAUUGAUAAAGUUUUGUCUAUAUUGUCUACUUUAUAGAAAAUAAUAACAUUAUAUAUGUAUACAUUUCAG